UAUUCCUUAUACGUAAAUCGUGUACUUAUAUUUAGUAGACUGUAGUCGUCUAGUGUGUUGUAAAAUACGAUUUUAUUUGUAAAAACAGUAACAAAGCAUUGGUCGGCGAUGUGCUUUGUUGUUACGGGUCACGGUAUUUUAUAGGUGUAAGAGAAGUUGCUAUACUACCCUAUUAUAUAUAACAAUUAUUUGAUAGUUUUUUUAUAUUUUUACCUAGCCAAUGAUUAAUUAUUAUAGAUGUAAUUUAUUUAUGAAAUCGUAUAGUAUACAUUUCAUACUAGAAUAAUGACAGACAAUAUUUAUCUAUUUUUUUUUUAUAUUGACUCCUCAUGGAAUAACCAGGAAAUCUUAGCAGAAAUUUCAUUUUAGAAUAAAUUUAACAAUGGGCCGUUAUAGUGGGAAAAAAUGCCGUCUUAUAACAAUGUUUUGGCUAACAACAUUUUUCUUCUUGGUAGAAAUUAUUGUUGGAUAUAUUACCAAUUCAAUGGCACUCGUUGCUGAUAGUUUUCAUAUGCUUAGUGAUAUUGCAGCGUUAGUAGUUGCAUAUUUAUCUGUUAAAAUGUCUCCUAAAAAAUGGUCAAAAAAUACAUUUGGAUGGGCUCGGGCUGAAGUAUUAGGAGCUUUAGUUAAUGCUGUAUUUUUAGUUGCUCUUUGUUUUUCUAUUACUGUUGAAGCAUGUAAGAGGUUUAUAGAAUCAAAACCAAUACAUGAUCCAAAGUUUAUUGCUGUGGUAGGAACCUUAGGAUUAUUUGUUAAUAUUUUGGGAUUGUUUUUAUUUCAUGCUCAUGGAAGUGGCCAUGGACAUUCACAUGGGGGCAUAUCACGUAGCCAUACAAGACUCACUCAAUUAGUUAGUGCUGGAGCUAGUGCUAAUGCUACUGAUGAUAAUGAUAAUGAUCAUCGUUUUAAUGUGCCGACCAUACAUUCACAUGAAUCAUCAGCUGGGCACAUGAAUAUGAGGGGAGUUUUUUUACAUCUUCUUGCAGAUGCAUUGGGCUCAGUAAUUGUGAUUGUAUCAGCUUUGAUUGUUUGGUUAACUGAUUAUGAAUGGAAAGACAAAGUUGAUCCUGCUCUUAGUUUGUUAAUGGUUAUUAUUAUUUUACAUUCAGUUUGGCCUCUAUUGCAAGAAUCAGCAUUGAUCCUGCUUCAAACAGUUCCUACUCAUAUUCAAGUAGAUGCUAUACAAAGGCGACUCUUAGACAGAGUAGAUGGUGUUUUAGCAGUUCAUGAAUUUCAUGUAUGGCAAUUAGCUGGAGAUAGAAUAAUAGCUUCUGCUCACAUAAGAUGCAGAAAUUUAUCUGAAUACAUGAAAUUAGCAGAAAAAGUUAAAGAAUUUUUUCACAAUGAAGGUAUUCACUCAACUACUAUUCAGCCUGAAUUUGUUGAAGUAGAGGUUACUGAAAAUAGAAAUGAAACACCCACUGAAGAUUGUGUUCUGGAUUGUCCUAAAACUGAUAUUCCUUGUCAGUUACAAACUUGUUGUGGACCUUCUAAGCAGGGUCGCGAUACACCUUCUCCAGUUGACACGCCAUAUUUGUGUAGACAACGCAAUACUACUGUUAUAUCUACCACUGAUUAUACUCAGGCAGGAAGUUCUCAAGAAAAUGAAAUGGAAUAUGGAGCACUUUUAAAUGAUAGACCAAAUAAAAUGAUAAAUAAUAAAAAUCCUCUGACUUUAGGACAUUAUCUUUCUGAUGUAUAGUGCAGUAUUUAUAUUAUUUUAUUAUGAAAGUAAAACUUUAAAAAUUAAUUACUUAAAUUUUUGUCUCAACCCUUAUAUCUUUGAAUUUUAUGGUUUUCUUUGGAAUUUUUUCAUUUUACUCUACCUUUUUUCUAUUGAUUUUUAAUUGUGUUGACGGAUUAGCGUUUAGGUGUGAGGAUCUCAUUUAAGUUUCAUUAAUUUUUCUUGGUAA